AUGCCUGGAAGCGGACCGGACGAUCUUCACGAAGAACCAGAUAUUCCCAACAAUCCGCCUACAGAUCCUCCCACAUCGCAAGGGAUUGAUGAAGUGUUCUCUCUCUUCAAGACAUAUCUUGAAAAUCGUUUGGAACAGAAGGGCAAAGAGCUCGAAGAAAAACAAAAAAUCGAUUUGCAGGCAGAGAAGUUCAAAUUCAAAAGUAACCAAAAGCAGUUCGUAUUCAACGCCGAGCUUGAAGAAUUAGUAGGAAAAAUCAAAGAAGCAAACGCCCAGAAGGAUCACAAGAAGGUGGCUCACUUAACGGAUCAAGCCAAAGCUCUGUUGCACAAGAGACAGAAGCUUAUCAAACUCGCAGACUCGAGUGAAGCCGGCUGGGACGCAGUUCAAGAAUACGAAUCCCAAGAUAUCGCCUCGGACGAUGAGGACGACAAGAAAAUUCGCAAUGCUAGAGCCGCAGCUAAUAGGAAAAGGAAACAGAAAGAAAGAGAACGACAGCAGCAGAGCAAUAAGAAGCGUUGUACAACUCCCAACCUGGGCACGCAGGAUCAUCAUCUUUUUCGUGGUAUUUGUAUCGCUAUUGUUUUACUUUAUAUUCUUCCUGUUAUUCACUCAGGUGCUUUGUUAUUUUCUCGUGUUAUAUAUAUUGGCUCUCCGUGA